UUAGCAUGGUUUGGGUGGCACACCCGCAUAGUUCUCAUGACCUAUUCAAGAUCUUUUGUCAUGAACAAGAGCAUUUUCCCCAGAGGCAAAUCUGGCUUUACGCAGAAAGUUGUGCGACAACUUUUCACCCACAGAUACAGGCUCACACACAGAAGUCUUUUCAAGAUGGGGGGAGGAGAGUCCAAACCAACAGUCGAGGCCAAGCUUCCCGAACUUGGAGCAGAGAGGUUUCGAAAGUACAACUUUCCUUUUGAGAACAUCGUGAUGGAAGGGGGAGGAGCCAAGGGGAUCGCCUAUAUCGGGGCGGUCAAGGUUUUGGAGGACGCGGGGAUCAUGAAGAACAUCAAACGGUUCGCCGGCACCAGCGCAGGCGCAAUCACGGCCGGCUUCGUGGCGGCGGGAAUGUCGUCUGGUGACGUGCUGGACGUCAUGAACAAGACGGACAUGCCGACUGUACUCCUGGACGGGCGAAGCUGGAUGUGGAAGCACGUUGGCGCUCUGUACGAUCUGCUGAACAACUUCGGCGUGUACAGGGGCCAGUCGUUCCUGGAAUGGUACGGAGAAACCCUCCGACAGCACUUCGAGAAGAAAAGCGCGGAAAGUGAAGAGAUGAAAGAACUCUACCAUGGCCUGACGGGGGACAUCAACUUUGCACAGCUAUCCGAGGCCCUUGGUGUGGAGUUCUGUACAGUGGCUUACAACACGCAGACUAAACAGGAGAACUACUUCCACGUCAAGACAUCGCCUCUGCUCUUCCUGCGGGAGGCAGUGCGCAUGUCUAUGUCUAUUCCAGUCGUGUAUCAGCCGUACAAAGUCGAGGAUAAGGAGACCGAGCCCCAUUGGAUCGACGGAGGCGUCUGCGCCAACUUCCCCGUGUACUGCUUUGAUGGUUGGUGGCUGUCAAUGGAGGAGGGCUGCUGUUUCCAUAGCCGUCUAGGGGAGACGCAGGACAGGGAGACGGUCAGGAGGGCGUUCCUUCCCGCAUACAGUUUCGAGCGGUUCACGCCGGAAGGAGACGAGGAAGAAAAGAAGGCGAAGAAGAAGAAAACGAUCGGGUUGCUGCUGUAUUCAGAAGGUGACCCUGAACUAUACCAGGACAAGUUCACAGAUCGCGUCCGCAACUUCACAGACCAGCACCAGGAACUGAAGAAGGAAGCCAUCAAGCCGGACACAGAGAAGCGUCGCACGUAUGACGACAACACGAAGAAGAUGGCAACUCUAGAGAAAAAACAAAGGGCAGACCUGAUGAGGAGUCUGGGGCUGAAGACGAAGCUGGACGAGGUCAAGUCGCUGUUCCCGGACGCGGGAAAAAUGAGGGACUGCUUCAACACCAAAAUGACACUAGAGGACGUCCAAAUAAUCACCGUGAACUCUGACCCGGACAUGUCAGACGAAGAGAAGGAGAAGGCCUUUAAGGAUGCCUUUGACUCACUUUUCAUCAACUUUAAGGGAAAGCUGACGAAGGUAACUACGGAGAACAUCUUCGACAACUGGGCUCCGCUGACGGUGGCCACGAAGGACAGUCUCAAGUCUAGUUUCAUCCGGACCCCGGGCGAGCUGUACGCGGCGUACCUGGACUUCGUGGGCAAGAGCAAACCCAUUCGGGAGGAUGACGUUGGCAGGUGCGUCGGUAUUGACGUGGAUUACGUCGGCACCGGAGACUUCGACAUGGCUCCUGAGGACAAGACUUUCCUCAUGAUGCAAGGAGCCAUCGCCACUGUGGCGUUUCUGGAAGAGUUCAUCGAGAAGAACGGACUGAAGCCUGAAAAGUAAGGCAGAAGUCUGACCCGGAAGACAUGCAGACAAGAAAAGGAGUCAAUGCAUCAUCACAAAUGGAUGGAUCACUGUACAACACACGGAGUAGGGCUAGCAAAUAAAAGUUGGAAGAAAUCAUUGGUUCUGAAAGAAAGUCUGUAAUAUCCAACGCAAAAAUUUGACUUACCCACAUUUUCGACUUCCAAAUUUAGUUGUUGGGAGUGUAAGAUAAACAGGCAAUGUGUUGAAAUAAACAAAUAUCAAACAGAUAAUACAUUUACUGGUGACUGGGGAACGGUAUGACAGGAUCUUGCAGGCAGUGUCUUUCAAAAAUCGAAAGGGGGCGCUGCUGUGCAAUAAAUCUAGUGUUUAACAAGGACGUUUUUAUCCGAAGGGCCUUGCGGAACAGAAACACUGUUACAUAUGCGGCAUUUAUAUCAAUCAUAGAUUGGUAGUAGAGGUUCAAUAUAAUGAAUCAAUAUCGGCAGAAUCCAGCUAAAGAAUGGUGGUCUUAGUCUAUGGUUUAAGUCUUCUUAGGUAACGUCGAAGAAAGUGAGACAAC